AUGGUGCAGUCACAGUUCUCGUUGUCAUGGGAAUCUUAUAAAUCCAAUAUUUGUAAUGGAUUUAGUGCUUUGCAGCAGAAUGGUGAGUUUGUGGACAUGACGAUAGCUGCAGAUGGGCAUUUAGUUAAAGUUCAUCAAGUGCUGGUAGCAUUAGCUAGCCCUUAUCUGAAGGACCUUAUAUCUUCAGCGCCUUGUCAACAUCCUGUUAUAUUCCUUAAUAAUGUUUCACAUCGCACCUUGUGUUUGCUGCUGGAGUAUAUCUACACAGGUGAGGUUGUGGUACCAGCUGAUUGCCUGAACAUGUUUGUGGAAGCUGCCAAGUCUUUACACAUUAGAGGAUUAGAAAAUAUUAGUUCACCACAAACCCCACCUACGAAACUGACAGCAAGUCUGCCACAACUUGAUGACAGUGAGAUAUGUCAUGUUAGCGGUAUCAAGAGAUUAAGUGUUCCACCAACAGAGAGUAUAGCACAGGUUACUUUGCCAUCAUCAGCAAGAAAGGUGUUUUUGAAACAGGAAUCUAUGGUACACAAAGACACAUCGAAUGUGCCUCUACAUGCUAUGUCGAUGCCAAUCUCCAGUCAGCAUGAUCAACACGGUCACCAUGACUACAGCGACCUAAUGGACGACACAGUGGUGCACGAUGACGACAAUGAUAUCGAUUUUAAAAUGCAUGAAACUAAACAAAAUGUUCAAGAAAGGAAGGAUUCACCAUCGGGAUCAAAUCUACAGUUCACGGUAUCAAUUCGAGGGUCAUUGCAAGUGAUACUAAACCGGUACAUUUACAACCUGCACUCUACCACGUCGCGGUCGGGACUGCGACGGUGGCGGUGUGUCGAUUACAGAAACAACAAAUGCACAGCGUUCUUGGUCACAAAAGGAAAUAUCGUACUCAAUAGGGCUAACCUACACAAUCACCCAUUCCAUGACAAGAAGAUAUUAGCUAAGAUUGAAAAGAAAGCAGUUUACUCCGCCAUAGACGAAGUGGAAGGAUAUAAAGAAGUGCCAAUUGAAGUAGAUAGUGACAUAACGGCAUUAAAAGAAUUCCCUGAUGAUACCGACCCUAAAAACAACCACUCCAAUGUUAAAGAUUGA